AUGUCAACGAUACCAUCCCGAGAGACGAAGCGAGAACCCAAACGCUUCGCGCCGCUCGAUCCUGCCGAGCAGAACGGACAGCAUCUGCCGAAGCUGAAGGGCAUCAUUUUCGAUGUAGACGGCACACUAUGUCUCCCUCAGAACUACAUGUUCAAAGAAAUGCGCUCUGCAUUGGGCAUACCAAAAUCAGUCGACAUCAUCGAUCACAUACGGUCUCUCUCUAACGAGCCUGACGUCGGUAUCAUCAAUGGCCAUCAGCCACCAGAACCGCAUUCGUCUACAAACACCAACCAACCACCAUUGGAGAACAUGAUGUCUCACAGUGCCGACAGUCCUGAUCCUCCACUUGAUUCUCCUCAAGCACGCGCGGUAAAGAAAAUCAAAGAUAUCGAAAGACAGGCCAUGACUUCCCAACGACCUCAACCUGGGCUGCAGGAAUUGAUGGCUUACCUAACAAGGCGUGGAGUGCGGAAGGCACUGUGUACCAGGAAUUUUCCCGCGCCAGUACACCAUCUAUUGAGCAAUCACUUGCCUGACGAGGAGUUUCAUCCCGUCGUAACGCGAGAAACGGAAGGGAUUCAACCAAAGCCUAGUCCUGAAGGGCUGUGGUCGAUCGCGCAAGCCUGGGGUUUGGACAAGGAAGUUGACGAAAGUCCAGAUAAGUUGGUCUCGACCAACGAUGGAGAGGAAAUUGACCCACUGGAAUUAGCGAGACAAUAUCUAGGAUCCGGCUUGAUCAUGGUGGGCGAUAGUGUGGACGAUAUGGCUGCCGGGUACCGAGCAGGUGCAGCGACUGUUCUGCUCGUCAAUGAUGAGAAUGAAGAGCUAGCGAAGCAUGCGUACACUGGACGGACUGUGAGAAGGCUUGAUGAGCUCAUAGACAUCUUAGAACAGGGUUUCGCAGAGAAUCUCAAGUAG